CAGUGAGCUCCCGACGACAGAGAGCUGAUAACGGACGUCUAGUAGACCGAUAACGCUAUAGUUGCAGGGGGGAGGGCUAAAAGCCUAGACUAGACUAUAUUUGGAGACGGUGUCCAGGGAUAUGAUCGUGAACCCUCCCAGCGGGAUCGACUCUGAGUCAGAAUUGAGAGUAUCAACUUUGGAGACGGUCGGAAGGUCGGAAGUGACGAACCUUAUAUAGAGCGUUUUUAUUACCGGUCGUGAAUUCUCCGAGCGUGUGUGGUCUCUUGAUUGUAGUGUUUUGAGCUGGUAAAAUAAUAUUGGCUACAGCCGGUCUAUUUCUGACUGCACGCCGACGCUCGACGUUUGCGCAAUGACCUUAGGCGCACUUGGGAAGCGACGCGCGCACAGCGAGAUCAGCGUGAGUUGAGAUGUGGCGUGAGCAGAGAAACUCAAGUCAGGUGGGCAGGCAGUAAGGCUUGACAGAAGAUGAGGCGGGGCUGGUGUCUCUUCUUCAGGUGGUGGCUGGGGACGGCCAUGACAGUCUUCCCUCUGCUAGCCUACAGCCGGGGCCAGAGUUCAGACGGCUGGCAGUUUGAGGAGUGUAAGCUGUCCCGUGGUGGGCCUCCCGCCACCAUCGUGACCAUCGAUGAAGAAAGCCCCAACGGUGGGCAGGCAGUAAGGCUUGACAGAAGAUGAGGCGGGGCUGGUGUCUCUUCUUCAGGUGGUGGCUGGGGACGGCCAUGACAGUCUUCUCUCUGCUAGCCUACAGCCGGGGCCAGAGUUCAGACGGCUGGCAGUUUGAGGAGUGUAAGCUGUCCCGUGGUGGGCCUCCCGCCACCAUCGUGACCAUCGAUGAAGAAAGCCCCAACGGUACCGUCCUGGUGGAGAACAUGCAGAUCAACGGCCGAACCAGGAACCCGGGCGGAACCAUCUCUCUGACCCUGCUGGACAACUACGACUACUGGGUGAUACUGGACGCGUCCCAGCAACGACUCUUCCUCAACAGCACUGGGAGGAUCCUGGACAGGGAUCCCCCCCACGACAUCACCACCAUCGUGGUCCGGGUCCAGUGCACCAACCUGCUGGUGGGGGCGGUGAUCUUCCACGAGGUGCACAUCGUAGUGAGGGACCGCAACGACAACCCCCCCAUCUUCCGCCAGCCGCGCUACUACAUAGCGGUGAACGAGCUCACUCCAAUCGGGACGAUCGUAUUCACCGGUUUCUCUGGAAGCAACGGCGCCACAGAUAUCGACGACGGGCCCAACGGACAGAUCGAAUACGGAGUACAGUACAACCCCAAUGACCCGGCGUCUAAUGGAACAGUUAGGGUGGCCAACACCCUCUCAGGACACAUCGUGCUAGCGGAGAGGCUGAACUACGAAGAGAGAACACGCUACCUCGUCAUCGUGGAGGCUAAUGACCGUGCGCCGUUCUUCCCCAACCGUCUCACGGCGACCACCACGCUGACGGUGGACGUGCUCGACGGGGACGACCUGGGGCCCAUGUUCCUGCCCUGCGUGCUCGUCAACAACACACAGGACUGCAACCCCCUCACCUACCGCGUCGCCAUCCCCGAGUUCACUGACCCUGGCAGGCUGAACCCACUGAAUGUCACUCCUGCCAUACGAGCCGUGGACAUGGACCGAAACAUCCAGCCACCGUCCGACAGACCUGGCAUUCUCUACUUCAUCCUUGUCGGCCAUCCCAUGACGUACAAAGACUACUUCAGCCUGAACCAAACAACGGCAGAACUACGAGUCCUCCAGCCCGUCAACAGAGACCUCUAUCAGCGGUUCACCCUCAUCAUCAAGGCAGAGCAGGACAAUGGGCACCCUCUCCCCGUCUUCGCGGACCUCAUCAUCGAGAUCCUGGAUGAGAACAACCAGGCUCCGUAUUUCCAGCUGGUGGAGUACCAGGGCUACGUCAGCGAGUCCUCCCCCGUGGGCACCACCAUCUCGGCCGGCGCCAACCUCACCUCGCCCCUGGCCAUCGUCGCCCUGGACAAUGACAUCGAGGAGUCCACAGACCCGAUGCUGACCAUCACGCUGGACGACUACACGGCUGUCUUCACACUCUCCACCACGGGGAUAGAGCGCUUCCUGCUGCUCCUCCAACCCGUGGAUCGGGAGCGACAGAUGACCUACACGUUCAGGAUGGUGGCGUCAGAUGGCGUCCAGCUGAGCCAGCCAGUGAUUGUGAACAUCCUAGUGAUUGACGCCAACGACAACACGCCAGCCUUCGGCGAUGUGUCCUACAACAUCGAGGUGUUCACCAACUUUCAGCCCGGGGAGACGGUGCUACAGCUGUCCGCCGUGGAUGCGGACGAGGGCUCCAAUGGCCUGGUGACCUAUGAAAUCCUGGCGGGGGCCCAGGGGGACUUUGUGAUCAACAACCGUACGGGUCGCAUCACCGUGGCGACGGGCGUGGCCCUGGUUGUGGGCCGCUCCUACACCCUCACCGUCAGGGCGUCGGACAACGCCCCCGGGAUCCAGAGAAGGAGCUCUAUCACCACGGUGUAUAUUGAAGUGCUGCCGCCCAACAACCAGAGCCCCCCACGCUUCCCCCUCUUCAGCUACAGCGUGGAGGUCAGCGAGGCCAUGAGGCUGGGAGCCAUCCUGCUGAACCUCCAGGCGACAGACAGAGAGAAUGACCCAAUCACAUACCGCAUUGUGAGCGGGGACCCCGAGCAGAGAUUCAACCUCACAGAAACGAUCGGACUCCUCCUCCUGGACCAGCCCCUGGACAGAGAGACCACUGAUCGGUACCUCCUGAUCGUCACCGCCUCCGAUGGAAACCCCGGUGGGACGUCCACCACCACCGUGAGCAUCGUGGUCACGGAUGUCAACGACAACGACCCCUUCUUCGAUCCCACCCUGCCCACCAAUCUGACGGUCCGGGAGGAGCAAGCCGGCUUGUUUGUGGGACAAGUCAGGGCCACGGACCCCGACAAGGGCCAGAACGGCCAGGUGCGCUACCGCAUCGUCAACCACCCCGACCUCUUCAGCGUCAGCGCCAACGGCAGCGUCUUCACGGCCGCGCCCCUGGACCGCGAGCUGACCGGCGAGUACGAGCUGGUGGUGGAGGCGUCUGACGGCGCGGUGGACCCCCGGCGCGCCACUGUCGUGCUGACGGUGCGGCUGGAGGACAUCGACGACAACAGCCCCGUGUUCUCCCAGCCGGCGUACGUGGUCAGCGUGCCCGAGAACAGCCCCGUGGGCACGGUGGUGCUGCAGCUCAGCGCCCUGGACGCGGACCUGUUUUCCAACAUCACGUUCCGCAUCAGGACGGGGUCGGCACGCCUGCUGUUCGCCGUGGACCCCAUCUCGGGCAACGUGUCCAUGCUGCAGACGCUGGACUUCGAGGACCUGGCCGCCAUGGGCAUGGGCACGUCCUACACCUUCCAGGUGGAGGCGGUGGACCAGGGGGGAGUCAUGCCCCCGGGACAGGCCACCGUGACGGUCCGCAUCACGGACAUGAAUGAUUUCUCUCCAGUCUUCACCCAGGCUUUGUACAGAGGCCUUGUGGCCCCAAACGCGGACAAAGGAACCGUCAUCACCACCGUGCUUGCUGAGGACCAAGACCCACCCGGCACUGCAGCCAGUUUUGUGCGCUAUCGGGUGGAUAUGGCGCUCUCACCUUACAGCGGUAGCAUCUUCGACGUGGAGGAGGAGUCUGGCCGGGUCAUCGCAAAAGUCAACCUCAACGAGGAACCCAGCACCGUCUUCCAGCUCUACGUGAUAGCCUUCGAUGACGGGGAACCUGUGAAACUCAACAGCACCCUGGUGGAGAUCACAGUGCUACAGCCCUCCCGGAUCCCCAUCUUCACCCAGGAGGACUACAGGUUUCCUCCGGUCGGUGAGCUGGCUCCCAUUGGAACGUCUGUGGGCACCAUCUUGGCAGCGGCUGUCGACCAAAUCAUCUUCUACUCCAUCGUGUCCGGAAAUGAACGCGGUCACUUCAUGGUGAAUAACCUGACAGGGGUGAUCUACACAGCCAGGAUGCUGGACUACGAGACUCUGACCAGCUACGUCCUCCGGGUGCAGGCUGACUCCAUGCUGGUGGUGAUGGCCAACUUCAGAGUGCCCUCCAAAUCCAACACGGCCAAGGUGUUCAUCGACGUCCACGACGAGAACGACCACCGGCCCGUCUUCACCCGCCGGCUCUACAUCGGCGGCGUGGCCGAGGACACCAAGACCUUCUCCUCCGUGCUGAAGAUAGUGGCCACCGACGCAGACACGGGGAACUUCAGCGCCAUGGCGUACCGGCUGAUCAUCCCGCCGGCCGAGGAGGGCGCCUCCCACGACAGCUUCGUGAUCGAGACGUACACGGGCGUCAUCAAGUCGGCCAUCAACUACCGCAACAUGCGCCGCUCCUACUUCCCCUUCAAGGUCAUCGCCACCGACGACUACGGCAACGGCCUCAGCAACAGCGCCGACGUGGUGGUCUCAGUGGUGAACGCGCUGGACAUGCAGAUCGUGGUCUCCAACGUGCCGUCCACUGUGGUGGAGGAGAACAGAGAUCAGCUGAUUAGCAUUCUGGAGCGCUAUGUCCAGGACCAGAUACCUGGCGCCAGGGUGAUCGUGGAAGCCAUCGGGCCCCGUCUCUACGGCGACGGCUUCGAGCUGGAGAACUACAGUGAGUCUGACCUCACGGUGUACGCCAUCGAUCCGCUCACCAACAGAGCCAUCUCCCGCCAGGAGCUCUUCAAGUUCCUGGACGGCAAGCUGCUGGACAUCAACAAGGAGUUCCAGCCCUACCUCGGGGAGGGUGGCCGCGUCAUGGUGAUCCGCUCCCCGGGCAUCGUGGCCAGCGUGAAGAAGGCCGCGCAGGCGGUGGGCUACACCGAGGGGGCCCUGCUGGCCCUCGCCAUCAUCAUCAUCCUCUGCUGCAUCCCGGCCAUCCUCAUCGUCAUGGUCAGCUACAAGGAAUUCAAAGACCGCCAGGCAGAGUGUGCCAAGACCGCCAGGAUCCAGCAGGCCCUCCCUCCCGGGGGCAAAAGCGCCCCCCCGCCGCCCUCCGCUGCCCCCCCAAGAACCACCAACCAGUACGAGGAGCUGGGCGAUAGCAGCAUGAGACGGGGUCGCGGGCGCCAGGAUCUUUCUAUGGAGUCUGGCAUCGACCAAGGCCAGGACUACGCACAGGACUAUUAUAAUUAUGACCAGGGGUACGACAUGCCACAGUAUGGCAGUCGCAGGAAGCUGAUACCUCCGACUUAUGAUGAGUACGGACAGGUCAUUAUGGAGGAUGACGGCUACUACUACUCCGAGCCUGGGAGGAAUCAACGGAUUAAGCUAGUGGUGGACCAUCUAGAGCACAACACCAGCUCCACCACAGAAGAUAGCGGCACAGAGACCCAGCGUAACCAAAUCCCCAGCAUCCCCAACAGCCAUAGCAACGUCAACGGGAACGUCUAUCUCUCCCAGAACGGCACCAUCGUCCGCACCAGGCGGCUCACCCACCCCAACAACCUGAAGAUGGGCUCUCCCUGCAGACUUGGUAAACAGUUCAAAAAACUGGACAAGCUUGCCGUGACCCACGAGGAAAACAUACCCAUCAACAACAUCGAAGUGGCGGAGAACGAGACAGGGAACGGCGUCAGCACGUGCGUUUCCAGCGCCUCCUCCGUGGACGUGAACCUCAACCUCAACAGCCAGAUCUGCUGCGGUUCCCCGGGGUCAAACAUCACGAACCUCAAGACUUUUGGCUCGAAGGGCAGCAUAUCCAAGGCCAUCGGGCCGGCCUGCGGCGCAGACGAGCUGGAGACGUUCGUGGACAAUCACAAGGUGAGCAGAGAGACGCUGGAGUCCCAUAGCGACCACACGCUAUCGGAAGAGGACGAGCUGUGGAUGGGGCCCUGGAACUGCCUGCACAUACCUAUGACCAAACUCUGACAAACUAUGACUGACUUCCUAGAGAUUAUGUUUUCAUCUGUUUUUCUUCCCUUCUCCUUUUGUGUAAUCCUUAAUUGUGAUUUAUUUUUCAUUUUUCCACAUGUGUUGUGUUUAGAUUUAGUUUUUUUUUCAUUUAGAGCAGGGGGAAAUAAUAUAUGUUUGACAGGGCCCAUCGUCCCUCAUGGUUGUUAAUGACAGGUGACGUGUAUUUGACUGUUUAUUUUUGUUUGAUAGUAUUGGUUGUCAAAAGAGUUGUUGGAAAAAUACUUGACACAGAGAGGGCUACUAUAGAGUAUUGUCCAGCAAAGCAAUGUGUGCCUCAAACAAAAUUCUUCUUUUUUUAUGUCAGAUUAACUGAUUAACUGUAAUCAAACACUAUUUUUAAAUCUGAAUUCUUCUUUCUAGUGAGUUGAACUCACUAUUAUUAUGGCAAUGAGAGAUUAUGAUUAUCGGUAUUACUAUUAUAAUUAUUAUUCUUAUAUAAGACAUUCAAAAUCACAGAUUAUAAAACAUAGUGGGAAUUUGUUUGAAUCUAUCAAACUAAUGUUUGUACUACUAAGGCUCUUAAAAAAACCACAUAAAAAUUAUUAUAUUUAUGGUUGGUGUAUGGAAAAUGUAUUUUACCGACAUAUUUUAUUUGCGAUAAUGAAGAUUGUCAUUUAUUUUCUUUUUGGUCACCUGACAAUGAUUUUUGAAAAUAUGUGUAAAAAUCCAAAAAACUAUUUUUGUCUAUUUUAUAUCACAGAGAGAACAGACCGAUGGACAUGUGACGUUAAUGAACAAUGCAUAAAUGUGUGUCGACAUUGAACUAUGAUGAGGUAUCAAUUUCACAUUGUUUUAUAUAGAGAUUUGUAAUGAUAGAAUGUAAUAUUUUCAACCCCUUUACAUGAUUCAGAUUUUAUUCAAUAGUUUUUUUAUACAUUAUAUUCCCAAUGUUGGAGUGCGAAACACAACCAAAUGUUAUAUCAGACUCUCAGAAUAAAAGUUAUAUG